AUGGGACACCUGUUAGUCAGUUGUUCCCACGACACAAAAUGAUACAUUUAAAUUAAAAAAAAUAUAUAUCUUAGGUCAAAUUACAGACGGGCACAGGGCAUUUUAGACAGACACCAUGUCCUUAUCGAAGGAACAUGUGCAUUUGCUGGUGGACGGAGCCGCGCAGCCGCGGCGGCCCAAAUGCGCCCGGUGCCGCCACCACGGGCUCGUCAUCCCGAAGAAGGGCCACACGAAGAGCUGCCCUUUCCUCGGCUGCGAUUGCUGGAAGUGUUACCUCAUCACUCAGCGGACCCGGAUCUCAGCCCUCCAGAGAAAUGCGAAGACGGACAAGGGCAAAGCCGGUGAGGCGAGCGCGGCGGCUAAAGGGACUUCCAGCGCCCCGAGCGGAGGCGGCACGUCCGGGGGGGCCACGGGGAGCGGCGGCCCGAGCACCGGGAGCCCCUUCGAUCUCCGGGUCCGGCCCGACCGGGACAGCAGAGACAUGGUGGUGUUAGCUUCCACUGAGAAAUCUUUAAAUCCUUCUUAUUUUGGUGAAUUGGGGCGGACUGGACCUUUACCUGUUAAUCCAUUUCCAUAUGGGCUGCCAGGUCAUUACUCUGCACACCCAGACUUCCUCCUCAACAUGCCCUGGUUGCCGCCUGUACCUGCCGGGCUGUACAACAACAACAACGGCCUUUGUGGGCCUCUUAUGUUCCCCUACAUCCAGCCGGGACCUGUGCACUACCCUCCUCCACCGGAGCCCGGGCCUCCAGCUGAUUGCAGGCAGGUGUUCUUCACCAUCCGUCCGCCCUCGCUGGCGGAGACUUUCCAGGGGGAGCUGAUGUCGAGGCAGCAACCGCAUCCUCCUCCGUCCAAAACCACCAAGCAAGACGUGGAGGAGUGAGAGAACAGGAGAACAAUAGAUUAGAAAGGAUUCUGGUUUGGUUAUUGUUGGCGUGAAUGUAUUUUACACGGUUUCUCGUUCACGUAUUUACCUUUAAAAGUUAGAGUGUUCC